AUGCAGUCAGCGGAUACCCGGUCCCCGGCACGGGCUUUCUCUGAGACUAUAACGCGGGGUGAUAUGACUGUUGAGACUUUCAAGGAGGUCAUGGACAAGAGAUGGAGAUACAGAGAGGAAAAUGAGGCUAUGGCUGAUGGUUAUGCUGCCUCGCAGGAUAGUGGUAUUGAGCGCCUUAUUUGGGCUUAG